CAUCGGACAUUGUGUGUGUUUGUUAAAGACAGUCCUAAAAAUGAAUAGAAAACAAAAGAAAGGACAAUCAUUAUUUAAACGAAUGAUGAUUAAGUCAUUCCAUAGGAAUCACGUACAAAAACGCCGCAAGAUGAACGACUUUGAUUUUCAAAUGCUCAACCUAAUACGGUGUAAAAUGUUACGGUAUUUUGCACUUCGUAAUAGUGCAAUGGAUGAUUUGGAUCGAUUGUUGAUGGAGGAUCUCACAAAAUUAAUACCAUCAGAUCAUCGACGUGAUGUUGCCCAGGACGAAGUAGUUGGUGAAAACGUCGAAGAGGCCACUGCGGACGGUAUCCAUUUGUGCGCAUACCGUCUACGGCGGUCGACUAUAACAGAAUCAGACGAAAUCGAGAAGAUCGCUCUACGCAUACAAACUAGAUUUCCGCUAAUCGAACGCAGACCGGCCCCACUGAGACUAUCGACCUCAACAGAAUCGUGCACACUUUCAAACUAUUCUCCGUCAUCCGAGUCCUCAGAAACAUCCUCGACGUAUGUGGCGGCUUCGAUUGACCGUGUUUUUGAAGAAAAUUUGCAGAAAAAAAUUGUGGACAGCAAAAUACUCGUAGUUGGUGCAGGUGGAAUUGGGUGUGAAGUUUUGAAAAAUUUAGUGUUGUCCGGAUUCGCCAAAAUUGAAAUUAUCGAUUCGGGCACAAUCGAUGUCAGCAAUUUGAAUCUACAAAUCCUAUUUCAGAAAGAACAUGUUGGAAAAUCAAAGGCUGAAGUAGCUCGCGGAAGUGCAUUAAGCUUCAAUCCCAAUGUUCAGAUCAAGUCAUAUCAUGACAGUAUUCUAAGCACCGACUACGAUGUCAGCUUUUACAAACGCUUCAAUGUUGUACUGAAUGCCGUUGACAAUCGCCAAGCUCGCAACCAUGUCAACCGAAUGUGUGUCACAGCCGACGUUCCGUUGAUUGACAGUGGAACAGCUGGUUACAAUGGCCAAAUCGAAUUGAUCAAAAAAGGAUUGUCUCAAUGCUACGAAUGUAAGCCGAAACCAACUCAGAAAACGUUCCCGGGCUGUACGAUUCGUAACACACCAUCGGAACCCAUUCAUUGUAUUGUAUGGGCUAAGCAUUUGUUUAAUCAGUUGUUUGGAGAGAGCAAUGCCGAUGACGAAGUGUCACCAGACACUGCUGACCCUGAAGCAGGGGGUGAAGCUGGUAAAGAAGCACUUGCUGCUGAAUCAAAUGAAGCGGGAAAUGUUGAACGUACUAGCACACGAACGUGGGCUAUCGCAAAUGAUUACAAUCCGGAAAAAAUGUUCAACAAGCUGUUCAACGAAGAUAUUAAAUACUUGCUGAGCAUGGACACACUGUGGACGACACGAAAAGCGCCACAACCGAAACAAUGGGGUGAUUUCAACGAGGCCGGUUUUAGUGAAACACACGACGAUUCGACUCAGUCACGUGAUCAGAAGAUUUGGACCGUUGAAGAAUGCGCCAACGUCUUUGCGACCAGCAUAGAUUUCCUCAAGAAAGAAUUCAAGAAACUUGCCGAUGGCGAUCACUUACUAUGGGACAAGGAUGACAAAUAUGCAAUGGAUUUUGUAGCGGCAUGUGCAAAUAUACGUUCGAACGUGUUCGGAAUCACGCAGAAGAGCCGCUUCGAAAUUAAAUCCAUGGCUGGCAAUAUUAUAUCCGUCAUUGAGACUACAAAUGCUAUUACCGCCGGUAUAGUGGUUAUGCUUACAUUCAAAGUAUUACAAGAAUUGUACGAUCAAUGUCAGUCCGCGCCCAAACCGGAGAUUGUCCUCAAAGUUGACACGAAGAAAAUGACCGUUAAAAGUUUACGUGACGACGUUCUUAUCAAAGCCGAGGGGUAAACCACUCUAUUUUUUGACGUGAUUAACAUGAUUAACAUGAUUAACCAGUGAUUAACAUGAUGACGAAUUGCUGAUUAACCAACAUUUGACCGGGGGAAUCGUCGCAAAACUACAAAUAAACGUAAAAUAUAGCGGUUAAUCAAUGUUAAUCACCGAUUAACCGUUUGGAUUCACAAAACUUAUGUUUCUGAUUAACAGAUUAACUGAUUAACCAUGUUAAUCACAAAAUAGUGGUUUACCCCUCGAUCAAAGCGUUGAACAUGGUCGAGCCUGAUGUCACGAUCGAUGGAAAAGGGGUGAUUGUCAUAUCAUCAGAAAAGGGCGAAACCAAUUCGAAUGACAAUCCGAAGGAGAACGCUGAGCCGAAAUCGAAGGAAACUGGAUCGAAGAGUUCGGCUGUUCAGCCAAUGCAGACAGACGACAAUGACGACGAUAGCGACGAUGAAGAAGUUUCGGUGAAGGCGAAGAAAAGAAAACUGAGCGACAACGGUCCGUAGGUAAAGCCAUUAAAGUUAAACGAAGAAGACGAUGACCUCAUUGAUUAAAAAUGAAUAAUGUGGAGCGAAACUAAGUUUGCAUCCACAAAUGAUAAAUGAUGAAGAAUUGAAUCUACUUUUUGAAAAUGAAUAUUUUUCUUGAAUUUAAUUUUCUCUUGUUGCUUGUACAGUACACAGUACAUACUUUCUUGGCUUUGAACAUAUACACACCAACUCUCAGAACGACAACAAUUUUCUCUUCGAAUUUUGUCAUUGAGUGUUAACGAUUUAGUAUUACGUUGAGUGUUAACAGGGAUUUGGUUAAACUUAUGAAUAAAAUAUCAUUUUUC